GUUCUUCCCGAGGGCGGCACCGGGGCCGGGCGGCGGGGUCCGGGUGCCCUGGUGAGGGGCGGAGCUGGGGGCAUGGCGUCCGGAGCGGCUCGCUGGCUAGCACUGGCACCAGUCAGGUCCGGGGCUCUCCGAAGCGGGCCUAGCUUGAGGAAAGAUGGCGAUGUCGCCGCCGCACGGAGUGGCUUAGGCCAGAGCCUGGUACCGUCGAGGUCAGUCAUCGUUACCCGCAGCGGCGCCAUUUUGCCCAAACCAGUGAAAAUGUCCUUUGGCCUUCUCCGUGUGUUCUCCAUUGUGAUCCCCUUUCUCUAUGUCGGGACACUCAUUAGCAAGAACUUUGCUGCUCUACUUGAGGAACAUGACAUUUUUGUUCCAGAGGAUGACGAUGAUGAUGACUAACAGGUCAUGAGACCCCCAAUUCAGAAGGGAUUCUUUCCCUUACCUGGGAGGAAGAAAUGUGGACAGGCCUUGUUGGACUUCCCCACUCCAUCUGUAUUAGAUUAUGCCUCUUUUGUCUACUCCCAUUUUUCCACCGUUGGCCAUGCUUCAAUCAUCCCUAUCCAAUGAGGUCUCCACAAAAGGCCCAAGAAGACACGUUCAGAGAGCUUUCGGAGAACAGAACACUUGGCUUUGGAAAGUGGCAUGCCUGGAGAGAACUUGGAAGCUCCGUGCCCCUUCUUCUAUACCUCACCCUAUGCAUCUCUUCAUCUGUAUCUUUUGUGAUAUCCUUUACAAUAAACCAGUAAAUGGAC